GAGUGUGUCCGCCGCGCGCUGCGUGAGGCUAGGGGGACAUGACUUUGGAUUGUAAUAGAAUGAGGACGAAUGAUAAAAUACGUACUCCGAGUAACACCCUUUGAAGGGCGAUCGCGGAUAAGGGCAUGGUACGAGACGACCCGAGAGGCUGAGAGGUUGAAGAUAAGCGAGGCCAGGAAAGCAGGGGAGUUAGGGAAAGUUGUAACAGACGGUGCCAUACUCAGGGUGCUAGCUGCUCACAAUCGGUACUGGAAGGAGUCGAUAAAGACUUUAGAGGCCAUAGAAGAUGGUGGAGAUGAGGAGGACUUUGAGACAUUUUAUGACAUAUUGGAGCGGUCGGCGAAGAGGUUACAAAGGGCUAACCGAUUCAGGACACGGCUAGGAGAACUAGCAAGGAGGACGGAGAUAAACGCUCGGAGACUCUUGAGGGGUGGCGAUCGGGAGACAUUGGUUAGGUUUGGGAUACGGGAUACUCGGAGUGGUAAUCAAGACCGAGACCGCAGAGAUCGCGAGCCGUUUGCGCGAGCAAGGAGGCUGGAUGAUUACGCGCGAAGCCCUCGCUAUGAGGCCGAUCGGGGUAGAGGCGACUCCCGCGGCCGAUGGGAGACAGAUCAGGGCCGACGAGAUGGAUAUAGGGACGACAGAUACGAGAGAUCGGACCGAGACGGAUAUAGGGACGACAGAUACGAGAGGUCGGGUCGAGAUGGCUACAGAGGUGGUAGGUAUGAAAGAGGAGAUCGGGACUCGGAACGACGAGAUGGGUCGCGCGGACGGUUUGAGCGUGGGGGAGAUGCGAGAGAGCAGCACGAUGAGUCGCGGGGGUGGUACAACCGACGGGACCGACGCGAUGAGUCACGAGGGCGAUAUGAGUCGGGGGACCGCCGGAAUGAUUCGCAAGGGCGGUAUGAGCAAGGAGGGUCUGGAGGAGACCGCCGCAACGAUUCGCGGGGUCAGAAUGAGAGAGGGGGAUAUGGCGUCUCAUCAGAACCAUAUCCCAAGUCGCCUGACCCCAAGGCAGCCAGGAGUUCGAUCUCUAGGAGCGCAGACGACAGACCAUCUACUCCCAGGAACUCAUGCGUCUACUGUAGAGGAGAAGAUCAUAUCAAGAGGGAUUGCCCGAACAUCAAACGGGCAAUAGAUGAGGGACUUGUCGUGCUUGACGACCGCAAGUACGUCAAGUGGGCAGAUGGUCUGGGAGAUGUAUCGAUGUUCCCUUCGAUGAAGGAGAAUGUCGAAGCAAGGAGAGUAAAGCCGAGUAAAGAAAAGGAGCCGGUCAGGAGCCAGAGCAUCAAGAUAACCUUUGAGGGGGACAUGAAGGCCACACCCAUAAGGGUGGCAGCCACCAAGUUGGCGAGAGGGUCUACAUCGAAGAAGACUGACACGGACUACGUGAUGACGGAGAAGGACGGGCAGCGGGUCGAUGGAGAGGAGGUUAUCCUUUCGCCUCGAAAGCGGGGAGUGAAGAAGUUCUUAAUGAAGAGUUCGCUGGACGAGAUUGACACGGUCGAGCCACUGAGGCGGGCCCUUCGACAACCCAUGCAAUGCUCUAUUCUGGAGUACCUGGCGGCAUCGAAGCCGGCUCGUGAUGAGUUACAGAUGAUCACGCGGAAGACUCGCAUACCUCUAUCAGAGGGGGGUCAGGGGGCCUCUAAGGCGGAGGCUUCUACAGUAGCGGUAACGGGGGUGACUGCCAGAGCGGAUCGCAUGGCGACAGUCCUUCUCGAUGGAAUGGAAGGUGUGCCUCCAGAUGAGUUCUAUAUACUUGGUAGCGGAGUCGUGGAGAAGAUUAUAAACGAUGGAGCGGUACUCAAUGCUGUGAUCGAUAACGACAGUGAGGCUGUCAUCAUAGACGAGGACCUGGCAGUACAGCUGGCUGUCUAACCCCCAGGCUGAAGGUCUCGAUUUCUCUUCUUAUCUUUACAAUUUUUUGUAACUCUGCCUCGCUAAAAA